ACCUGAUAGCUGCAGGUGCCGAGAUAGUGCAAGCCCAGAAUGAAAUCACUCUGAGUUCAGACACAGACAGGAGUAGACGUAUACAGUAGUGCUCCGAGAAACCUGCUCUUAUUUUGCAGCCAUCGCCAUGAUGAAAUUUAACUACUACCCUGAGAUGAACCAAGCCGUGCCUGGGGGCGCCUCGCUGAGCCCAGGCCACGAGGGUGCCUACGGGGAGUGCCAGGUGCCAUCCCCCUCUCAGUGGUCGGAUCCCUGCUACUCCCCACCCUCCUUCCACUCCCCCCAGCACCUUCCCGGCGAGCUGGAGAAGGUGAAGGAGGAGCCAUUCUCCCCCUCCCCUCCUUCAUGCCACAACUUUCCCCCCUCCCCUCAAGCUCCCCACCAUGUCUCCCCUUACGCCCGCCCCCACCAAACCGUGAUCAAGAAGGAGGCUUACGAGACCUCCGUCAACCUGUCGGAGUUGCUGGCGGAGAACCAGAUCCUGACCAACACCCACCAGCAGCUACAGCACCCACCCCCCCACCACUCCCAGACCCAUCAGUAUAUCCCCUACUCUGAUCACCCCCUCCUCCGCGGCUGCCUGGAAGACACCACCUUCCAGAAGAAGAUCCCCAUGCCCACAUACAAGUCCCCCAUCUCCCAGACCCCUUCCCCAGCCACUGCCCCCUCCCCAAGCAACGAUGACCUGGGCUUCCUCGGCUUGCUGAUGAACGAGAAGCAGGAGAUCGAGGACGAGAUCCCUGUGGUGACUUCCUGCGCCUCGUCCCCUACCCCUCCUGCUGCCCCUGCUCCUGUGCCCGCCCCGCCCCUGACCCCCAUCAGCGCCAACCAGCGGGACAUCCUAGAGGCCGUGGAGCAGCUCGCCCUGGAGCACGCCAGGAGGGACGUGCAGAUCGUGUCCGACUCCCUCAACAUUCCCCGGGACCCCGCCCAAUGGAGCAUGGCUGACGUGCGUGCCUGGCUGGAUCAGCAGGCUGCCCACCUUCAGCUACCGCCACUCAUGCUUCACUCCUGGAACUACGGAGGCCCCGAGCUGCUCAAGUUGACGGAGGCUCAGUUCCGUCAGCUGGCCCCUGUGGGAGGCGAGCUUCUCUAUGCCCAGCUGGAGAUUUGGCGCAGCGCCCUACGUGCAACUCCUAAGCUGUUCCAUCACAACCAGCAGUGGUCGGUUCAGCAUAGUGAACAAGGCCAGUUAGUUACUUCCCUGAUCCCCCUGCAGCAGCAGCAGCAGCAGGUACCUCAGGUCGAGUCCUCAAGCCAGGGCGGUUCUCCAUCCCAUAUUGGGUCUCCUAACCACUUGGGUUCACCCAGCCACUUGGGUUCCCCAUCCAGCCCUCCCCUGUCCCUACCCACCAGCAUGGGUCAGGUGCCCACGCCUGUCAUGCAGGUGACCCAGCAACAGCAGCAGCAGCAACAUCACCUUCAGGCGAUGAGCAGGGGAUCCUGCUCCCCGUCCUCUGGUCAGGGGCAAGCAGCUGGAAGCGGAAUGUUCCUUGAAGAGCAAUGCUUGGACGUGUCGACACUUCUCCAGCGGCAGAGCAGUCCCGAGGCCGCCCACACCGCCCGCCUACCCGCCCACUCGCCCCAGGAGGAAGGUUACGACUCUGAGGAAGAAGUAGAAGAUGAUCCAUGCACCACCACCACCACCACCACCACAACGGGAGGACGCGGCGGCACUCACAUCCACCUGUGGCAGUUCCUGAAAGAGCUCCUGCAGCAGCCACAGCUUUACGGCUCUUGCAUUCGUUGGCUGGACCGCCAGAAGGGCGUGUUCAAAAUCGAGGACAGCGUGCGUGUGGCGCGCCUCUGGGGCAAGAGGAAGAACCGUCCAGCCAUGAACUACGACAAGCUGUCCCGCUCCAUCCGUCAGUACUACAAGAAGGGCAUCAUGAAGAAGACCGAGCGCUCCCAGCGGCUGGUGUACCAGUUCUGCCACCCCUACAGUCUGUAGAAUGUGGCUAGAUCCUGGUGUGCCUGUCUGUGUGUCUGUGAGAGUGCCCAACCUAGCAUUAAGGGGGGGAAGGUAAUUUCCCUUGAUUCCAUGCACGGUCGGUGUCGGUUGACUCGGUCUGAGCUAGACCUGAGCACCACCCCACGACCCUGUGUGUUAUUUUUACACCAUAUAUCUGUGAUAUAUUGAAAUAUGUAAGUUCUAUGAACUUCGUGUAUUUUGCGUCCGUGGUGGCAGCAGUUAGUGUCGCCUGGACAGGCAUAGGCCUAUGUCAACAUCAUGUAGCAUAAGUGUAGGCUUAAUGGCGGGCGGCGGCAGGCGAGGCGCAGCGAGUUGCAGCGCCGCGCUCGGCGCCGAACGCCCCUUUGUACCCAGCAUAAGUUAGCAUUAGUGUUAUUCGUGGUGAUGUAGAGGGCCGAUGGGCCUGUGGGAAUGGAGAGGGGAGCGGCCAUCCCUCUCCCUCACAGCCGCCCACGCCACCGCCCUCACUUUGGCGCUAGCGUGAGCGGCCCGCCACCACUUCCCGCCCGCACCAUCACACUGCUGAUGGCGCGGGCGGCCGAGCGGGGCGAGGCUGUUGCUUCGGCCACAGCCCAUCCUCGCCCAUCUGGGAAUGGGCGGUAAUGUCGGCGUGGGCGUGGUGGGAUGCUUUAGCCACGCCAGCUUCCCGCCACGCCCAGCCCCGCCCGAUACCCGCUGUUCUUUUAAUGUUCAUAGUAUAUUUUGGUACUAUGUAGAUUAUUGUUGUUUGAUAUUUUUUAAGAAUACUGAUUGUAAUUAAAAAAAAAAAAAAAGUCCCACAUUUGGUGCAGUGCGUGGCGGCGGAGCUAUGGCGCCGCGGAAAAUAAACUCCACCCAACA